CAGAUGAUAGUGAAUAAGCCCACAGGUUCCGUUAGGUGGCGAUAUUUAUCGGGUUUACAGGUUUACUCACUAUCAACACAAGAAGAAGAUGCAGGAUGACGGCUCCUGACAGCUAUGACGGUGUUACUUCAUGUGGUUGUAAAGGAAUUAGGCGAUGUCUCAUUUGUGAAAAAUUUAAGAGUAAAGGAGAGCUGGAGGCGAGUAGACCUAAGGUUGUGCAUCAUUUCUGCUACGAUCCUGAGACGAGGCUUGCCAUUUGCAGAAAUGCCAAGGCUUUAUCCUUUCCCUUUCCUGGCGUCUUCCUGUGGGAGAAUUUCAUAUCAGAAGAUGAAGAGAAGGAGCUGAUAAGCACGAUGGACCAGGAUGUGUGGAUUCAGUCCCAGUCUGGUCGAAGGAAACAGGACUUUGGUCCAAAAGUGAACUUCAAGAAAAAGAAAGUACGUGUGGGCAGAUUCAGUGGACUCCCUGUUUUAAGCCAAAAACUUGUGCUCCGCAUGCAGCAAGAGCCGAGUCUAGCAGACUUCAAACCAGUGGAGCAGUGCAAUCUGGAUUACCAUCCUGAGCGAGGUUCUGCCAUUGAUCCACACUUGGAUGACUUAUGGCUGUGGGGGGAGCGCCUGGUCACCAUCAACAUGUUAUCAAACACAACACUCACUAUGUCCCUUGAACAGGGUCUGCCAGAGUUGGGACUAACAGAGGAAGUCCAGGUAGCUGUGUGUCUUCCUCGUAGAUGUUUAGUUGUGUUAUAUGGUGAAGCACGGCAUAGAUGGAAACAUGCCAUUCAUAGGGAUAAUGUUCUUGAGCGCAGAGUUUGCAGCACUUACAGAGAGCUGUCUGCAGAAUUUCUACCUGGAGGGCAGCAGACCGAGCUGGGAGCUCUGCUGUUGAACAUUGCUUUGAGCUUUCAAGGAACUUCAGUAUAAAAUAAUUUGAUGAUACAGAGGAAGACUGGACCACCAGAGUUGGAAAUCUUGACUAUUUGACUCUCGUAAAGUGUCUCAUUUCAGGGAAUGCCUCCUUCAACAGAGUGAAGAUGUCACUCUCAGAGAUGUCACGCCAGAGACUCGAUGAACGUUCUGCACUUUGAAUUGUUAAACAUGAAAUAGUACUGAAGAGAACUCUGGUCCAAGAUUAGGUGAAAAUCCAGAUGUUUUUAGAGGUAGUAUAAUCUGCAGACUGCAGUUUUUUGUUUUUAUUUUUGCCUUUUAAUAAAAAAGUACUUUCAGCCAUGCACACUUUACAUCAUCACCUUAUUUGUUUAGAAUGUGGAUUUUCCUGCAGUUGUGACUGUAACUUUGGUGUGAUCUUUUAGUUAGUAUUUUUAGAAUUUUGGUACAUAAAUUUAUUAGAAUUCACAUUCACCUUGACUAUUUACUACAUUAAAAUGAGGUUUACAUGUGAAUGCAUCAGUACUAAUCAGAAUCAGGACAUAUGUUUACUUUUGAUACUAUCUUACUAAUGGUAUGUCUGUAGUUAAUAUGUCUAUUUUACAUUGUAGUAUUGCUCUUUCUGGUUUACUUUAGUUAAAUAUCGAAAUUCUUCUUCCACCAGUGUACAGACACUUAUUUUUCCAACGAGUCUCUCUUCCAGACCAAUGGAAGAUGUGUGAUCCGUUAUAGCUCAUACUGUACUUGGUGGAGUAUUUUGAAAAGUAAUAAGAUUAUAUAAAACAAAACGUAAACUUCAGCCUUUGGGGUAUU